ACUGUUGUUCAAAUUUGAAGGUUAUGUUUCUGACGUCGUAUUGCUCUGAUUUGAUUACAGAUGGACAAUAGUGGGGUCAAUUUAAUAGAAUUUUCAAGUGCUUGAACAUUAUUCUAUGCUCAAUAUAUUCUGAAGUGUUCAAUUAAAUUUAAUCUAGUUAAAAUUAACAGUUUUGUGUCUAAAUUACAACGAAUUACGACUAUGCAAGGGCAGCACUGGACUAACCUCAUUUCAACAUUUCCAACUUGAAUUUAAUUGUUGUUCAAGUACUGUGGACUUUAUUGUGAACAUUAAUGCUUUAAAUAUCAUUAAAACGUGUAUAUUUGGUGUGAAAAAGAACGGUAAUGUAUCAUAGUUUUGUUUCAUUUUAGAACAGUUGAAAAACAAUCAAAACAAAUCAUGUCUAUGAGUGCUAUUUACAUUUUGGAUGUCAAAGGAAAGGUCCUGAUAUCUCGAAACUACCGCGGUGAUGUAGACUUCAAUGUAAUUGACAAUUUCAUGCCUUUAUUGAUUGAAAAAGAAGAGGAAGGCUACUGUACCCCCGUGAUCCACACCGAAUCAUGUACAUUCUCCUAUGUAAAACACAACAACCUCUACAUUGUGUCCACCACUAGAAAAAACUGUAACAUCGCCCUAGUAUUCGUGUUCAUCUACAGAAUGAUCAAAGUUAUGGAGACCUAUUUUAAGGAGAUGGAAGAGGAAAGUAUUAAGGACAAUUUCAUUGUGAUUUAUGAACUUAUGGACGAGUUGGUCGACUUUGGAUACCCACAAACAACCGAGGGUAAGAUACUGCAAGAGUUUAUCACACAGGAAAGUCACGCCCUAGAAUCUCAACAACCUAGAAUUCCAGUCGCGGUCACAAACGUGGUUUCCUGGCGGUCUGAAGGCAUCAAAUACAAACGAAACGAAGUCUAUUUAGACGUGGAGGAGUGUGUAAAUCUGUUGACAAACACUAAAGGGUCAGUUCUACAAAAUGAGGUAAUUGGUUCUAUGCGUAUGAAAUCCUACCUCUCAGGUAUGCCUGAUUUGCGUCUAGGUUUAAACGACAAGGUUGUCUUUGAAUCCUCAAGAAAAACUAAAUCCAAACUUGUAGAGUUAGAGGACGUUAAGUUCCACCAGUGUGUUCGUUUGUCGAAGUUUGAAAAUAAGCGACAAAUCUCUUUCAUACCACCUGAUGGGGAGUUUGAGCUGUUGUCAUAUCGCAUCAGCACACAUUUCAAGCCUCUAAUCUGUGUAGAACCUAUCAUAAACGUCCACCCAUCCUCUCGAAUCGAGUAUAUCAUCAAAAUCAAAACUCAGUUCAAACGGAGGUCGGUAGCGAAAAGUGUAGAAGUUUCGAUCCCUGUUCCUGCCGAUGUUGACUCUCCGAAAUUUUCGACAGUUGUCGGCAACGUCAAGUAUUGCCCUGAAGAUAACGCCCUAGUCUGGUUUAUCAAGUCCCUCCCAGGUGCUAAAGAGUACCUCAUGAUGGCCCAUUUCAACCUGCCCAGUAUACGCGCUGAAGAAGCAGACAGUAAACCGCCAAUUCAGGUCAAGUUUCAGAUACCUUACUUCACGGUUUCAGGUAUUCAGGUGCAGUACCUGAAAAUUAUCGAGAAAUCAGGUUAUGAAGUACUGCCUUGUGUGCGGUAUACCACUAAAAAUGGAGAUUACCAAAUUAGAAUUAAAUGAGAAUUGAAUUUGAUCAGUAUCAUAUUUUCAUAAAGGUUGCUAAAGUUGUUUUAAUUGGUUAUUCAUUCAUUUAAAAUAUAUUAGAAUGAUAAUCUCUUUUUACCAUUAUUAUAUUUUCAUCAGGAUUGCUAUGAGUUGUUAUAAUUGAUAUUAGGCUACAUUAAUUUACAAUUUAAAAUAGAUGAAAAUUGUAGUUGUAUUCUAUCAUUAUAAUAUUUCAGUAAGUAACCUUUUCUAUCAAGUCCCAGUCUAAAAUAAAAUUAAGUUUAUUGUUUGUACAUUUGGUAAAUUAAAUACAAAUACCUAUUAUCACUUUGAAAUACUUAAAUUACGACUUAACAGUCCGAUGCUAAUAGCUUUUAAUCAUAGAAAUCAGACUGCUAUGUCGUAAUUCAAGUAUUUGAAAAUGAUCAUUAACAAGCAGUUCAUAAUGGAAAGAAACAUUGACAAAUAGGCCUAUUAUGUUUGAUGGAUAAUCAAUUUUUGUUAUCAAAUAGAACGACUAGCAAUCAAAUUUCUUCAAUUAAUGAAUUUAUUCACUUACCGUGACAACGAAAUCUUUUGGCAGGUCUGCCAUCUUUGCCGAAAGAUCUCAUUGUCACAAAAAUUAAUUAAUUUAUUUAUUGAAGAAAUUUGACUGCUGGUCGUUCUAUUUAAUAUAAAAAAAAAUUAUAUUAUCAAAGAUAUUUAGUGAGCAGAGUUCUUAAUAGAAAACAACAUUGAAGGGUAAUAAUUUCUUGUAGAAUUCCAAUCCAAGUUAUUUGUUUAUUGAUCAUAAAUCAAGCAUUGACCUUGGAUUAAUCAGAGUCAAUCAUAUUGUUCAUUAAUUAGUUCUUAAUUAAUGGGUUUAUGUUGUAUUUAUUUUAGCUAUUUUAGUUAUAAUAUGUUAAGCUCUAAUCCAAGAUAUCAAUUAAAAUUAGUUAAUCGAAAUAACUGAAUAGCUAUUCCAAUCUGAAUAGUUGUUUUGAAAUUAAAUUUUUUGACCCCAUCGAUCCCACAAUUGUGUGUGGGUAAUAGAUGAAGCGGAAGGUAUUAACUUGACAGUAGAAUUAUUUUGAUAACUAAUGUGUAAUUUGUUAAUUAUUACAGGUUAUAUUUAUCAAGUCAUUUUAAUUGUUGUGUUAUGGAAGCAAUUUUUGGAAAAAAUCCUGUUUGCUUCCAUGUAUUCAUAGACAAAUAAGUUUCUAUCUCAAAUGUUCCAUAGAUAAUCAUUUGAAGUUUUUUAUAUUACUUGAUUUGAAGAGGAAUUUCGUGAAAGUAUUCAUUAAAAUUGAUAAGAUCUAUAUUAUAUCCUGCAAAUUCAUUCCAUAUUGUAAUUCACCGCCUUCUAUUAUCUUAAAUAAUAUGUUUGAUAUUUCACUUUUCAUAACUUAUAUGCAAGCUCUCAUCAUAAAAUAUCAGCUAUAAUUCAUCAUCAAAUCUAUUUAAAAUUUGAGAACAUCUCCAAUAUUUUGAAACUCUUCCAUUAAUUAGAAUUAUUGUAUAAUUAACGAGUGAAAAAUCAAUGUAGGCCUAUUAAAUAAUAUGUAAGAUGAUUCAAUUCAGAUAUGUUUUGUAUAAAUCAGCCUAGUUGUAUUAUAUUUUGAUAAUGAGGGAAUAUGUGUAUACCUGAGUCCUUGCUUGAGAUCUGUUAAGAAAUUAAAAUAUACUUCCGAUGUCUUCACCACGGUCCUAGGAUUACAUAUUGUAAAUAAAGUAUUUGACAACAUUGCCAUAAUAUUAAUAUUGACUACAUGGUAAUGCAUCUGUGAUACAUAUCAAUGAGGAAAAAGGCAAAUCAAAUAUUUUUAUUAAAAAACUUUGGUGCUCAAUUUGAGUAUUCAAAUUAUACUUCAUGUUGAAGAACUGUUUCUUGGAAUUUUCUUGAUUUUUAACAAUGAAUAAUAUUCAACCAUA